AGAGACAGCUAAAGAGAGAGAAGCGGCUGGGGAGAGUGGAAGGAGGGAAAACGACUCUUCAAAUCUCUCCAUUGCAGGGCUUUAAUGAUUUCUCAGUUUCAGAAUUUAGGGUUUUCCAAUUCCAAUAUUCCAUUAAUCACGACUUUUCACCUCUUCAACUUCUCCUCUUUCGUUUCUUGUUCUGGAAGUUGUUCCAGUUUCAGGACGUAAUCCAAUAUCCAUGCCCCCACCCGUGAAACCAGAACCGGGAAAUGCUUCUGCUGCUACCAGUGUUAACGUUAGUAGUACUCGAGCAGAUGAUGGUGGAGCCGAUACGAGUGAAUCUGGCCGUGCAGUCGCGGCCGGUGGCGCAGCUCUUCGAGCACGGUACCUCGCCGUGAAGAACCUCAUUAUUGACGAAAGAGAUGAUAUUGGAAAGGUUGAUUCUGAUAAGUUCCGAUCAAUCUUUCAUGAAGUGGAAAGCUUGCACCACCUAGUACAGAAACCAAGAGAACAAGUUGCUGAUGCAGAGGCCCUUUUAGACAUCACAAAGUCGUUGUUCACCUAUGUCAAGGCACAGGGCAAUGAUGGAAUAACUGCCUCGGAUUAUAUAACUUGUCUCCUUAGAGAAUUUGGGCAACAAGGUGGGCCUAGCAGCAGCGCAGAAGCUGGCAGGGUCUUACUAGGCUGGAACAAUAUUGGAGUUGCAGUAUCUCAUAUAUUUAGGAGCUGUCCUGGGUGCUAUACAAUGAUUGGGGCUGCAGAUACCGAAUUAAAGGUACGGAAGGCUGCUGUUAGAAAACGUAUGAAACCAACUGAGAGUAUUCAGCCUGAAGAGGUUGUUGAUGACCAUUUGGCAAAAGAGAGAAUGGAUACAGACAACAAUAUGGCAACAAUGUUUAAUAUUUUAAGGAAGAAAAAAAGUGUCAAGCUCGAAAAUUUAGUGUUGAAUAGAAACUCAUUUGCACAGACCGUGGAGAAUUUGUUUACUUUGUCAUUUCUAGUUAAAGAUGGGCGAGCUGAAAUAAAAGUGAAUGAGAAUGGCUGGCAUCUAGUUUCUCCAAGGAAUGCGGCUGCUGCCAGUGCAGUUAUAUCAGGGGAGGUUGUAUACAGGCACUUUGUCUUCAAACUCGACUUCAAGGAUUGGAAGUUAAUGACUUCAUUGGUUGGUGUUGGGGAGGAGUUGAUGCCAAAUAGGAAUCAAAUAAACCUAACAUAUGAUGGCCAACAAAAUCUAACGUUUGAAGAAUCUCAAGAAGCAGGACCUACCACUCCCAUUAGGAAGUUGUCCAGGAACCGUGGCUUGGUGUUACAGGAAGAAACAGUUGUGGAAGACUCAUCGCCUGAGAGUGAUAAUACUCGAGCAAGCACAGCCCUCAUUCGGAGAGGGAAGCGUAAGAUGAGGUAACGAUUGUGGGGAUAUAAAGCACUAAUAUUAGUUUUUGCUGUAAUUAGGAUUUCCUUGUAAAUGAUAUAGUCAAUUAGUCAAAUAGCUCUCUACAUGUCAAGAAUCCUACUUGUAACUAGCACUACUAUGAAUGACAUUAUAAUUUUCUGUCA